UGUACCGGCACCGUCGUGGUUCGAACACUCGUCGUUAGUGUAUAUAUUAUAAUAUUGUUGAUAUACGUCUCUUACGUCCAUCGAGCAAUAUGGAUCCGAAAGAUCUACCGUGAAACGUCUUCGGUUCUGGACAGUUUAUAUCAAAUCGCAGCAGGAAUCGUACUCCGAACGAGAAGCAUCCGUAACGAUUACUAUCCCACACCGUUUCGGGUGGCCACCGAAGAGUUCUUUUCCACUAGAAAUUUCGGUUCAAAAAAGCUCGCGGGAGAUGUUUGCGAGACGGACGUGAUGGCUGAAAGCGGCAACUACGCAGGCGGUAAAGGACAUUUUUGUCAGCUCAACAGCCUAUGGUCCGUGUGGUAUGGUCUGCUCGCUACCGUGCUUAAUGUCUAUUCCGUUUUGCUAGCCACUCGGAGACUAUCGGAGUACUUGGAAGUGGUAUGGCCACCGAAGAGCGUACUUCCGCCCCGGUACGAAAUCCACUGCUUCGUGGCUACCAUAGGCAUGGCCGCCGUUCUGGUACCUCUGGUGGCUUUCACGGCUGUCUUCCGUACUGGAAACAUGGCCAACGACUCGGACAAACUGGGAAAUCUUUUGGACGUUCGCCGUCGCCGCCUGUCAUCUUGCUGGACCCAUGGGCCACCGUCUUCUUCCACACUACACUCAUUCACGGCGCUCGCCCUACUGGUAGUCAAACUCAUGAUCGAAGCCAGACUCAUACAAGCCGGUCUCAUGUCCACAAAUAAUAUUUGGAAUACCGACUUGGACUUCCUGGUCCUCGGUGGACAUCAGUCCAGUCCGCCCAACAUCACGCUUAAAAAUAUGCACAUCGAACCCAAGACACAGUCGAUACUUGUCCCACAGUCGCUGUCACCAUCGACAAAUAGAUCAUCUCUGAUAUAUAAUGAUGUUGCGGAUACUGAUGGGAUCAUGUCUGUCGAGUUUUUCAAUUAUGCCAUGGCCUUGUUCAUAUAUUGCGGACGGUAUGCGUCUGUUUUUUGGGAGACUAACAAAUGUUUUGCUACAUUAUUUUCCGUUCAGCUAUUUGCCAACGCCAUACAAUGCCUGUCACUGUAUCUCUUCACCUGCAUCCUCUACAAGAUGCAAGUGUUGGGCGUCUGCAAAAUGGUGAAGGAACUGCCCGCCGGGCCCACCACGUACCACCUGGUCCUGGAUCACUUGGACACCGCGGUCCUGUUCACCGUCACCACCGUACUGAUAUUCGUGUCCAACUCGAUAGUGUACUACUACGGGUACACGCGGUUCAACGGGUUCGUGAAGCGGCAGACGGGCGGCCGGAAGACCGUGGCCGACGCUUACUCGAGCCUGAUGCCGUACUGCGCCAGCGUACUGGCCCUGCUGGCCGUCGUCGCGUCCGAGAGCCCGUUGCUGUACAACGCCAUCGUCGUCUUCCGGUCGUCGCUCAACGGUGUGGUGUUGGCGUGCCUGCUGAACUCUACCGCCCACGUGUUCGUCUGGAUAGCCAUGUGGUCCGUGCUCACGCUCAAGCCCUGCUGGAUGUUCGACCUGCACCUGUUCCUCGAGUACGAUCCCAGGGGCGGCGGCGGCGGCAGCGGUGGUGGCAGUGGAGGCGGUGGAGGUGGCGUCGAAGGUGACGACGCUCAGCGCGUGCCGCUGCUGGUGGUGGCCCAAGGCGCCACGUACUCGCUGACUGAGAAGACGGCCAAGCGCAUCGUCACGUCGGUAGUGGAACGCGUAGUCGCCGACUACACGCGCGUCGCUGCCAAUUCGGAUAAACAAAAGUAUAAAAGAACGCCAAAGACAAUGAGCGAUGAACAAAUAUAUUGGCCUAGACCUAAAUCGAGUUCAGGCCGCAGUUGUUUAAGUGAAAUGGAAGACUCGGACGAACAGUCAGGCUGUUUUGGUUGUAAACGGACAAAUAAAUCUACAAGAGGUAUACCAAUGAACAAAGUUGACCGAAGGGGAGUCAGUCCUGAAGACGAUGGCGAUUAUGCAAAGCUCCGCGAAUUGCCGAUGGUCGCUAGAGCCACAAACGAUCAUAGCGACGACAAUACGUCUGAAGACACGAAGCUUUUAGACACUGUCCGGGAAGGUGUAAUUACAUACGCUAGUGCCAACACAAGAGAGUUGUUUUACUCGCCGGCCACGCCACCACCGCCGCCACCGCCUCUGCAAGAAGACAUAAGUUCAGCUGCGGAAUUCCACGCCAGUAAAACCCAAGUGUCCAAGCAACACCAACAACUGCGCGACCACGCGUACCGCAGCGGCGGCGUGUACGGCAAAACGGCGGAGUCGGCGGCGGCGGCGGGCCAGCAGGGGCCGCAGCGCCCGACAGGUUCGGCGUCGGUGACGGCCGCCGACGAUUUCGAGGAGGAGGACACGGUCAAGUCGGAGUCCGAGGCGUCCGCGGCCGGCCACUCGCCGCAGGCCGCGUGCAGCGGCCACAGCGAGUCGUCGAGCGGCGUGCACUCCAACAGCAGUCACGACACGGCGGCCACGAUGCCGCUGCCGCCGCCGCCCCCGCCGCUGCAGCUUUCGCCGGCCGCGUCCACGGCCACGCUGUCGCCGACGGACGACGAACAGCGGCGCCGGGCCAGUUACGCGGACCUGCAAACCGUGGACACGGUGGUGAUCCGGCACAAGGGCGGUCCGGGGGCCAAGGCCCGGAUGCCGCCGGACCCGUGCACCAGGCCCACGAACGUGUCGCUCAGCUCGUUCACGGAACCGCGGGGCGCCCGGAACCGGCCCGGGUCGGUGCCCGGCUGGAGGACGAUGCCGCACAACGUGGCUCCGCCACCGCCGCCCCAGACGACGGCCGGUAACCGCGUCAAGGCGCCGCCGUCGCACUAUCACCAGUACCAGCAGCAGAAGAACCAGCAGCAGAACCAGAUCAACUACCAGCAACAUCAACGGCAGUGGUCGUCGUCGUACAACGGUGGAGGCGGUGUCGGCGGUGCCAAAGCGUCUGCCGUCCGGUCGGGGCGGAACCACUCGACUAUACCCACGCACCACAACGGCGUCAGGCUGUUCCAGCAGCACCAGCAACAGUCGUACGGCCAAUAAAUAUUUUGGCGACCGUCCCUGUUCGCGUUCCGAUUGGUCGCCAUAAAAAAAUCGCGAUCGCAGCAUAGACAUUCGUUAACAAUAUCCGAGUGCGUGUGUCGGGCGGCGUCCCGAACGGUGGAGGAGAAACCGCCUUCCGGCGUGCCGCGUCCGGCUGAUAAGCUUUUUAGAAAAAAUCCAACAGAUCGAUUUCGAAUUAUAAUACGCUCUGUAGACUACAGGACGUUUCCACUACUCUGACGACCAUUUGUUUAUUCAAACCUCCGUGCGGAACAGUCAGCCGACGACCAAUCCCCCGCCUACCAUUCCUGAAAACAAUUAAAACGAUCUAGUCCCCCUCGUCUGACCCGUGAUCCAUGUAUAAUCAUAUCGUAUAUCUUUUAGACGUUGUGUUAAACGACUCUAGUUACGGAAUUAUUACUAUUAUAUAAUAUUUAUCUAAAUAUAAUAAAUUACUUAUCAUUAAUAUUGUAAUAUUACUAUCCAAUA